AAACCCGUAACAAAAAUUAUUAGUCCAGUUUGAAAAGAUGUCAUUUGAUACGUGAAGUCUGAUAACAAUAAAAUAGACUGAAAUAAACUGUUUACAUCCGAACUGAAGUUAACUUUUACGAAACAAAGAACGUUUAAACGUUAAAAAGAAGGAGAUUUAAACAGGUACACUGUGUUACUUGAUCCUUUGGAAACCUGAAUCAACGGAACUUGCAUAAAACAAUAGUUUUGAGGAGCAAAAGAUACUUGAAACCCGGUAGUGCGAGUUGAUGAGGCGAUCUGUAUUCAAGCGAAAUGAAGAUGACGAAAAGUUUGUGCCUUGCGGUCUGUACUCUGUUAGUUGUUGUGGUUUUGUGUGAAGAGGAACCUCAAAAAGGUGGAGCUGAACAACACCCAGAUUCUCAUCAAAGUCCUGGCCUUAAAGAGUCUCUCUACGGCGGCGACAUCAAGCUAACCAAACAACAGCAAGACAACAUGAAGAAAUACGGAAAUCCUUACGGCCCGCAAUCACGUGCGGCCAGCAGCGUUCCCAAGGAGCGAUGGCCCAAUGCUGUGAUUCCAUUUACCUUUGACUGUUCUGUUGCGAACAUGGAAAGUGCGGUCGCUUCAGUCAAGCAAGCCAUGAAAGUGUGGGAGAGCAAGACGUGUAUCCGCUUUGUGGAGCGAACCAAUGAGAAGGCUUACUUGGAGUUCUUCAGGGGGCAGGGCUGUUGGGGUCACGUGGGCCAUCACGGCUACAAGACCCAGAUCUCUAUUGGUGACAACUGCGAUUUUCAGCACGUAAUGGAACACGAGAUCGGGCAUUCAGUUGGGUUCUGGCACGAGCAAAGUAGGCCUGACCGUGACAACUACAUCAGUGUUAUAUGGGAGAACGUAUUAGAUGGUCUUGAAGACGCCUUCGCCAAAAGGAAAUGGGGAACUGAAGUGGUGGAUUAUGGUGUGCCGUACGAUUUUGCCUCUAUCAUGCACUACCCGUUCACGGCCUUCUCCAAAAAUGGCAAACCAACUAUCCGUAAUAUCGUUGAUAUGCAAGGCAAGACUCCUUAUGUGGUACUCAGUGAUGGAGACGCACAGCAGACGAAUGCCAUGUACAAGUGUAGCAGCGUUAUGAGGAAAAGAGCCAUCGAUAGUUUUAGUUCCUUUCGGCCAGCUCCUGGAGUUCAGAAAAGAAGUAACCAGUGCAUUGAUAGAAGUCAGCGGUGUGACGAAUUCAAGCGGAAUGGCUUGUGUUCUCAGCAUGCGGACAAUAUGCUGUACUGGUGCACGAAAACAUGUGACCUUUGUAGUUCAGACUCCUGCAUUGACAAGAAUGGAAAUUGUCCAAUGUGGGCUCAGGAUGGUCAUUGUCAGUCAGCGCCAGGAUAUAUGUUACCAAACUGUCCUCACAGCUGCAAUGUUUGUGGAGGUUCAACUCCACCGCCAACCCAACCUCCAGCUCCAACGACGACACAGGCACCGCCACUUCCACCAACUCAAACCCAGCCUACCCCGCCACUACCAACUGGAACUCAGGCUCCCUCUUUGGCUGUCGACUGCGAUUUUCAGCACGUAAUGGAACACGAGAUCGGGCAUUCAGUUGGGUUCUGGCACGAGCAAAGUAGGCCUGACCGUGACAACUACAUCAGUGUUAUAUGGGAGAACGUAUUAGAUGGUCUUGAAGACGCCUUCGCCAAAAGGAAAUGGGGAACUGAAGUGGUGGAUUAUGGUGUGCCGUACGAUUUUGCCUCUAUCAUGCACUACCCGUUCACGGCCUUCUCCAAAAAUGGCAAACCAACUAUCCGUAAUAUCGUUGAUAUGCAAGGCAAGACUCCUUAUGUGGUACUCAGUGAUGGAGACGCACAGCAGACGAAUGCCAUGUACAAGUGUAGCAGCGUUAUGAGGAAAAGAGCCAUCGAUAGUUUUAGUUCCUUUCGGCCAGCUCCUGGAGUUCAGAAAAGAAGUAACCAGUGCAUUGAUAGAAGUCAGCGGUGUGACGAAUUCAAGCGGAAUGGCUUGUGUUCUCAGCAUGCGGACAAUAUGCUGUACUGGUGCACGAAAACAUGUGACCUUUGUAGUUCAGACUCCUGCAUUGACAAGAAUGGAAAUUGUCCAAUGUGGGCUCAGGAUGGUCAUUGUCAGUCAGCGCCAGGAUAUAUGUUACCAAACUGUCCUCACAGCUGCAAUGUUUGUGGAGGUUCAACUCCACCGCCAACCCAACCUCCAGCUCCAACGACGACACAGGCACCGCCACUUCCACCAACUCAAACCCAGCCUACCCCGCCACUACCAACUGGAACUCAGGCUCCCUCUUUGGCUGUCGGUUUACGAUGCGCUGACAAGAGCACUAGAUGUCCCGGAUGGGCGUCCGCCGGCGAGUGCAUCAAGUCUGGUUGGACAUUUCGAAACUGUCUCAUCAGCUGCAAAGCAAAGUGCGACACUCAACCUCCACAACCAGCAGGAGCAUGCGCAGUUCCUCUAGGUCUUGGCUGGGAUUAUAAGCUGCCAGACAGCGCUUUCAGUGCUUCAUCAGAAAUGACUCCAGGUGGAGGUUGGGUCGCCAGUGCAAGCAGUGCACGCUUGUACUAUGAGGACAAUCAUGACCAGAAGCGAAUCGGAGGCUGGUGCGCAUCCAAUAGGAAUCCACAAUGGCUUAAGGUUGACCUGGGACAAGUGAAGAAGAUCACAGGAAUUGCAACACAAGGUCGCGAUGUUUUCUAUGAACACGUGAAAAACUAUGAGCUGGAAUUCAGUACGGACGGUGUGUCCUGGGAACGAUACAAGGAGAAUGGGACGAGCAAGAUAUUUACCGGGAACUGUGACCACUUCACUCCUGUGCUAAACAGGUUUAAUCCUGUUAAGGCCCGGUAUGUCAAGGUCCUUCCGCACGACAACCCACAGGCUUGGAUGUGCAUGCGGCUUGAGUUGUACGGCUGUGACUCAUAAGCAGAUAAUAUGAUGACGUUGCGAGAAAUCAAGGCAAGUUGAGAUUUGCUUAAAAAACUCAGUUAGGGGUAGUAAAACUGUGGAAUGUUCUAAAAGCAAUUCCUUGUCAAUGA